AUGGCGUCCCGCUCGCCGACUACGACUUCGGCUGAGGCGCACCCCAUCUUCGCCGACACCAGCGUGCAGACGGAGCCGCGAUUUCGCCCGCUUCGCCGCAUCCCACGCGGCAAAUUGGGGCCGAGCAUGCCGGCGGGCACCCAAGAGGUCGUCACCAAGGGCGACCUUACUUCCGGAAGUUUGCCGCCAGCGAGCAGCCGGCUACCACGCCGGCGGCGACAUCUUCGACUAGAGGCUCCAGGCUUCGCCCUGCCACGGGCUUGGACGAACUUGGACGGUUACUUGGCCGAGCUGGAGUUCGCCAGCCCUUCGUCAAGGUGCCGCAUCAUCGUCCAAGCACAGGGCGGAGGUGGCACUGCAGAAAACGUCCUUCAAUUCCGUCGGCGGUGGCACGACCUUGCAUCCCCUCCCGCCUCACGUAUGGGAGGGCCCUUUCCGCCCCUGGCCGACUGUUUCGUCGCCCCGUCCUUCGCCAUCUGCCAGACGGACGAGCACGAGCUCAAGCUUCGGUGUGGCGACGCUCGGGCCACAACGCCACGGUGGGGCCGACCGACAUCCCGACGCUCCACUUCCUGGGCGACAAAGUUGGGUGGAAGGCUCUCCUUUGGACAAAAAGUCUUCGCCCGGAAGGGCACGGUGUUGAUAGAGGAGGGUUGCGAGAACGGCGCCCUGUUCGUCGUCGGUCAUGGCGCGCUUUCAAUCUCGGUACAUGGGGAAGAGAUAGCGACUGUUGGACCGGGGCAGGUGAUUGGCUUGUACACAAUGCUCAAGGGCACUCUUGCGAGUGCGAGCGUCGUCGUUUCUUCAGACGUGGCAUACAUCCUUGAGCUUCGCCAUAGUCACUUUAUGGCGUGCCUUGAUGACAAUCCAGAUGUGAAGAACCGCAUGCAAAUUCUGUUGGAGCAGCGCGAAGCACAGAACAAGGCGGCGGAGAUGAUCAGCAAAACCACCCUGAGAGAAGUUUGCCUCAAUGAGGCGCAUUUGAAAGUCAAUUUGGCAGUCGCUGCAUCCUUCCUGCGAAGUGAGAAGGGGACUCCAACAGGCUCAAGCAUUCAGAAAACUUUUUCUUACUUCUCUUGCCAAAAGUACCGGGGGCGCCACAAACAGAUGGAGCUUCCUGUCCAAAUGGGUGGUUGCUCGCAGUCGUCGUCGCCUGUCUUCUUCUUAGGCUGGGCUGCCUUACAUCUCCCGGCCAUCGAGGAGCUUCUGAGAUGCAUGCCAGAGGAGGGACCAUGCGAUUCUGGCGAUGUUUUCGGCACUUUCAAGCCCGGCGUUGACACAGGAGUCCAGCACCCCACAGUGUUCCGAACUGCACUGAACACUCUCCCGCUGGAGACUUCGUCAGGUGGCUUCGGGUUGCCCACACCGCCGUGGCCAAGCUUCAAGGUGCUGCCACAGGACCAUAAAAUGCUGGAUGUGAGGGGACAGCCCCCAAUCCGAUCUGAGCAGAUCGCAGCACAUGCUUCUGCACCGUGGCAGGUGCCGCAGGUUGACAUGCUCCAGGAUGCUCCGGGGCUCCUGCCGGCCUACAUGAUGCAGGAUGUGUCGGCACAUCCUGGAGGAUCCGAGGAGAUAAACAAUCGUCCAGUCGGACACAAGAAAGUUCCGAAGAAGAUCAACAUUCAGGAAGAGUUUGCUCACUCCGACUGUGAGAUCACGACGGCGAUGAUUCGGAACGUUCCAAACCAACUGAAUCGGAAACAGUUCCUGGAACGGCUUGACCAGCUGGGCUUCCGUGGUUUGUACGACUUCGUGUACGUGCCGAUGGACCGAUCGACCCGCAUGAAUGUGGGAUAUGCUUUCGUGAACUUUAUCAAGCCCGAGUUUUUCAGGAUGUGCCAAGCAGUGCUGCAGGGCAAGAGCUUUCUUGAGAAGGAGGAUCGCAACAAGCGCAAGAGUGGGAAGCCGAUCGUUGUCUCGCCUGCCCAUGUUCAGGGGCUUCAAAACAACGAGAAGCACUUCAAGGAUGCAGCGGUGUCGCACACCCUCCACAGACCUGUCAAGUUCGUUUGCAACGGACACUCGGGACCGUGA